GUUCGCAACCUCAAGCCCAAGCGAGGUAAGUAGGGCAGGGCGUCAUUCUCAUUUCACCUUUGACAGGACAGCAAAGCCAUGAGGGUGCUAUCCGUCGCUACCGUUUCUCUCGCCCUACUGGCAGUCGUGACUGCAAAACCCACCGCGGAAGCUGAUCCAGGGUUCAGGUCCAAGCGUAACACUGGAGCCAUUGCCCAAGCGCAUGCACGAGGUGUUCGAGAUACUGGAUCUUCCUCACAAUGGAGUGACCUUCAAACACAGCAGACCUUCAUGAAGAAGGAGGAGCACACCAUCCAAACCAUCCAGUCCAAGGUCGUCCAACGUUUCCAGGGUCAAAGUGCACAAUGGUCUCAACAAUCCUCAGAGACUCAACAGUUGUCGGAACAAAUCUCGAAAAAUGUCCAAAUGCAGAGUAGCAGCAGCAGUAGCAGUAGCAGCAGUUCAUCUUCUGCACAGAAAUACCAGUCACAAUUCAAUUCUGAAAGACAAGAGUUCCAAAAGGCGGAACAAAUCUAUAAAUCGGAACAGUCGUCCAUCACCUCCAAAAUUCAGACCCUGCAGACAGAGUUGUCCGAACUGGAACAGAGGAAUGAGCAAACCAUUUCUCAACGGUCCACAAUGUCCGAGGAGCAAUUCCAACAAUACCAAACUGAAUUCAAAAACAGACAAGAGCAAAUCAACGGAGAACUCAACGGCUUGCUCGGUAAAGCCAAGAAGGACGAACAGGCCAACAACUUCUUACAGGAGAAGCAGGACCAAUGGCAAAAUGGAUGGGCAGCUAACCCAGUGGUCGGAAACCCAGCCGCUGCUGGAGGACCUAACAAUGGGGGAGGAAUUGGUGGAAGUGGCGCAGGAGGAGGCGCGGGAGGAGGAGGAGCUGGUGGUGGUGCUGGUGGUGGUGCUGCUGCUGGUGGUGGUGGUGGUGGCGCUGCUGGUGGCGCUGCGGGUGGCGCUGGGAUGUCCAUGUCUGGAGUAUCCUUGGACCCCGCAACUUGGGAAAAGACUCACGACCAAGCAUGGGGCAACUUUGAAAAUUUCAUGGGUAAAUGGCAGAAUUGGACUAACGAUCCUAAUGCUGGAAACUACAAGUUGGCCAACAAGCAAUUUGGUGCUUUCGACAAUGGAGAGUUCAACGUGGAGAAGCAGAGCGCAGAGUUCUUUGGACCUGACCACGUCAGAAACGACUGGAAGUUUGGAAACUACACGACGAAUGCUGGAUUCGGAGCAAUUGGUCCCUACGGAAAUGGUGGUGGUGGUGACGGUGGGGCAGGAGGCGGUGGGGGCGGCGGCGGUGGUGGUGGGGACGGAGGAGCUGGUGGUGCUGGGGGUGGUGCCGGUGGAGCCUCUGGAGGAAGUUACAGUCGUGGGGAUGCCUUCUGGGAUGGCAUGGCUGAGAUGUGGCGCAAGGAGGUUGGGGAGUUUUUCGACUCCAUGUUGCUUCACUUCAAGCAGAGCAGGUCCAAGAUCCUUGCGGGUGGGAUCAAAUAUGAGUCCGGAAUCGAUGUCAACGCCCGACUCUAAUCAUCAAAGUCAUCAUCUUUCUUCACUCUCACAGCACUAUUAUUAUUGGCUUUCGAACUAUAUCAAUUUUAUAAUAUUGGCCCGCACAUUUACCUUACAUCUCGUCAAUAAAAUAUAUACAAAGUUGGUCU